CAUGCUGUCACAUGCGCUAUUGUGGCACAGAUAUAAACAUGAGUCCUCUAUCUAUCUCUAUGAGCUAGCCUAACCGGAGCCAGCUGUGUCAGAUGAAUAGAGAGAAAUAGGUUGUCAUUUGUUCAGAAACUUACUCUGACGUUACAAUUAUUGAAUUGUCAUCGAAAUAUUUGAAUAAUGGAUUUAAACAGUGUCCUGUUGCAGCUUGAAACUGACAAUGAAGAGGACAUUGAAAGGCUUUUGCACCAGUACAACGGAGAGAAUAAUCUCACAUUCACCUUUGACCCAAAAGGGGAGGAUCUACGAAGUAGGCUGUGUCAGGGCCUACUGACUGUGCUGGGGAGGCAGUUUGGGCCUCGCUGUCAGAGUACCUGCCUGGAGACCCUCCGCAUUCUGUCCCGAGACAAGCGGGUCCUGGGCCCUGUGGGAACCCGGGAGGGUAUGCUGGUCCUGGCCGGGCUGGCCCGUUGCGGGGGGGGAGUGGAAGGGGGUGACAGCCUGCAGGGGGAGGUCCAGAUAGAGGAGAAAGAGAGGGUAGUGGUGGAGGCCCUCAAGUGCCUGUGUAAUGUGGUGUUCAACAGCGCAGCGGCGCAGCAGGUGGGCGCCGAUGUGCAGCUGGCACGGGGUCUGUGUGCCCGCCUGCACGCCACCCGCACUGGGCGCCACGAGGUGGGCCUGUUCUCUCUGCGCCUGCUCUUCCUCCUCUCGGCGCUGCGACCAGACGUCCGGGGGGCACUCCGGAGGGAGCUGCGUGCCGUGGGGCUCCUCACAGAGGUGCUGGAGUGUACCCUGGAUGUACGCUGGGUGGGCCCCUACGAGGCGGCCCCUCCGGACCCCCAGGCCCUGCCCAUCCCUGCUGAAGACAAUGAGAGGGCCAUGGAGGCCCUGAAAGCCCUGUUCAACCUCACGCUGUCUGACACUAGCGACGAGGAUGGUGACCACCAGCUCCGCCUCAUCACCGCCAUCAUGCGCCAUCUAUUGAUGCUAAAGACUCAAACAGAGGACAAAACAGAGGAAGCACACAGCCACGCAAUCAAUUUGCUUAGUAACCUGCCUGUGUCUUGUCUGGAUGUGCUGAUUGAUGUGCCCGUCCAGGGGGGCCAGGAGGAGUACAGCGGGAAGAACAUGGACGUUGUGCAGGUGCUACUGGACUUCAUGGAGAAGAGGAUAGACAAGGGCGCCAACUACAAAGAGGGGCUGACCCCAGUUCUCAGCCUGCUGACCGAGGGCUCCAGGUACCACAGGGAGAUCCGCAGAUACAUCAAGACACAGGUGCUGCCCCCUCUGAAGGAGGUCAAGGUCCGGCCGGAGAUCGGGUCCACCGUCAGGAACAAGCUGGUGCGUCUCAUGACCCACGUGGACAUGGGUGUGAAGCAGAGCGCAGCAGAGUUCCUAUUUGUCCUCUGCAAAGAGAACGUGAACAACCUGUUGAAGUACACAGGGUAUGGUAACGCAGCAGGACUCCUGGUGGCUCGAGGCCUGCUGGCAGGGGGGCGAGGAGAGACAAAGUAUUCAGAUGACGAAGACUCCGACACUGAAGAGUACAAAUCGGCUAAACCUUUCAUCAACCCCAUCACGGGCCACGUGGAGGAACCCAUGCCUAACCCCAUAGAAGAGAUGACUGAGGAGCAGAAGGAGUACGAGGCCCAGGAACUAGUCAACAUGUUCGACAAGUUGUCAAGGCAGCAGCUGAUUAGGCCCAUGGGGGUGAGGCGGGAUGGCUCACUGGCGCCCCUAGAGGAGGCUCUGAGACAGCCCACGACUGACAGCUGCAGCUCAGACUCAGACUAGAGGCACUACCACCCCAGACCCCAUAUACCUAUAAUAGGCUGUGUCCAACACAGUUCCCCUUUCCUCACACCCCUGUCUGUCUGUCGUCCUCUGUCUGUCAGACUGAAGGGGCCUUGCCCCGGCCUUUCCCCAUAGCCUGUUCUGUUCUCUAAAGCUGACUUAUGCCUGACUUGAUACGACACAGGAAAGGACAGGAUUAAGGUCGAGCACAUGUUCCAACCACACCAUUGUUACUACUUAAACGUUUAUUUAUUUGAUGUACCAUUUCUCUGCUCAGUGUCCUCAAAUUUGAUAGAAUGGAAGAUUAGCUCUUAAUCAAAUUGUACUGUAAGCUGUAUAGAUGUGAAUCACUGAAAGCAUGGUAGCCGGGGUGGGGUUUGACCAAAUUGUACUUUGAUAAGAAAUCAUUCCUUAGAUAUAAUUAUGUUGAUUUUGUUCUUUAUAUGUUGAAAGUGUCAAUAUUUAUAAGGAUGAGAAGUGUUUUCAUUUUUUUCUAAUUAAUUUUGUAAUUUUUAUUGUUUUGUUGUUGGUAACAUCAAGUGCCACGAUGAUCAGAGCAGUAGCCACUGGUUUUACAGUACCAGUCAAAAGUUUGGACACACCUUCAAGGGCUUUUCUUUAUUUUUACUAUAUUCUACAUUGUAGAAUAAUAGAAGACAUCAAAAUUAUGGAAUCCUGUAGUAACCAAAAAGUGUUAAACAAAUCAAAAUAUAUUUUAGAUUCUUC